AUGAUUACUACCUUUUUAUCAACAGAUAACAAUAUUCCACAUGACGAUGAUGACGGUUGUCUUAACAACAACAACAACAACACCAACACCAACUCUGAUUCGAUUCAGUGUUUGCCAAAUUAUAUAACUAAUCAGUCAACAGAUAUGAUGAACGAUAUUACCAGCCAUCCAUCCAUUCCACCUCCUAUUCUUAUUCCAGCUGCUUCUCAUCAGUUUCAGCAUCAGCAUCAUGAUCAACAACAUUAUCACCACAAUCACCACCACCAUUCCAACCAUAAUCAUCAUCAUGUUGAUGAACAUCAAGCAUAUAUGCAUUAUACAGUAGAUAGUGAUGAGCAUUCAAUACAAGUUAAUGAUAUAUCAGCUGUAAUUCAUAAUGAUAAUAAUAAUGUUAAUAUGAACCCGUAUAUAAAUGAAAUCAACAAUUGUGAAACAGCUUUACCUCAAGAUGUUGCCAAUGUAGCUGCAGCAGCCGUGGCUGCAGUCGCCGCAGCAGCAAUAGAUAAUACAGACUAUUCAUCGUCUUCAUUAAAUCAUCAUCAUCAUCAUAAUCACCAUCAUUUCAAUCCACACCCACAUUUCUAUCCUCAUUCGCAUAAUCAUUACUAUCAAUAUUAUUUGCAAAAUCAACAACAACAACACCAGGAGAAACAUCAAAAUAACUAUGAACAAGCUGAUGUGAUACCGUUACAUCAUAAUCAUACAAAUAAUGACUUCAACUCUCUUCUUUUGCUGCAACAGCAGCAACAACAUCAGAGUGAGAUGCCUAGUCAUCAACGACAAUCAGAUGUUGAAAACGGUAAUAUCACUCGUAAAACGAUUAAUAAUAAUAACAGCAAUAUAAAUAUGAAUUCAUUUCAUGAAACAACAAAUUAUAACAGUGUUAAGCAUAAGCUGAACAGAGUUAAAUCUCCAAUAAAAAUAAACAUAUCUGAUGAUGAUGACGAUGAAGUUGUAAAGCGGCAAAAUCAAAAUAUUUUAAAAUCUGGAAUGCUUUGCUUAAUUUGUGAAGAUAAGGCAACAGGCAAACAUUAUGGAGCAUAUUCAUGUGAUGGUUGCAAGGGAUUUUUCCGACGUUCUGUGCGUCGUAAGCACUCUUAUACAUGUCGACAUAAACGAUCUUGUAUUGUAACAAAGGAUAAAAGAAAUCAAUGCCGUUUUUGUCGUUUUCGUAAAUGUUUCCGUGUUGGGAUGAAAGAGUCAGCUGUACAAAAAGAGCGUGAUAAAAUUAGUAAUCGUCAUUCAACCUAUGAUACAAAUUCAUCUAUUCAAUCGAGUUUAGAUUUACAGAAGUUGAUACAAGCUGAAACAAUUGCCAAUUGUGCGCUUCAAAAAAAUUACUUAGGUCAAACAAAUAAAUCAGAUAUAUAUUCAAAAGACUCACUUAGACAAUCAAUCAGCACUGGACUGGAGAAUAAUUUAGCCAAUGUAAAUGAUAUCUGUGACUCGAUGAGAACACAGCUGUUAUUCUUAAUUGAAUGGGCUAAAAAUAUACCGGCCUUUACAUCACUGUCGAUAAAUGAUCAGAUUGUAUUAUUACAAGCACAUGCUGGUGAGAUGCUUAUUCUUGGUGCUGUCUGGAGAUCAAUGACACUGGUUUCAAACCAUAAGACAACUUUCAAUCAGUCGAAUGGUUACGAAGAGCAACAUGUAAAAUUUGAUCAUAAACUUGAUGAUACUAACUUAUCCAAUAGUACUACUAUGAAAUCGGUUACCACUUCUGCUGUUAAUGCUCCUGCAGCGUCAUGGAAUCCUGCUGCAACAGGUGCCUAUCAGUAUGCUGCAAAUGCGGAUGAAGUCGAUCAGUUAAAACAAGAUGAGUUGAGAUUUUCUCAAUCAGCGAACAAUGAACCCCAACUUAUUCUACUGGGUAAUAAUCGAAUAAUAUCGAGAAAAAGUCCACAACCUGAAAUUUCUGAAAUUGCUAGUAUGAUUAUCAACCAAAUCUACCAACCAAUACAGAAUCUUUGCUUAGAAGAAGCCGAAAUGGUUUUCUUUAGAGCGAUUAUCUUUUUCGAUCCAAGUUGUGAAUUAUUAUCAGAAAAUGGACGUCUACUUGUUCGCAGUUGUCAGUAUUUAGUACAAAUGGAAUUAAUGAAUUUGAUGAAUGGAAAAUUAUACCUACCUCAAGGACGUUUCGGUGCACUUUUACUCCUAAUUCCUGAUUUUCGAUCAAUCACAUAUCAUAUGAUACAUAAAUUACAGAUUGCACGUCAAAUGGGUUUAACGAAGCUAGAUGGAUUGUUAUCAGAGAUCUUGUUAAAUGAUACAGGUAGUUCAAAAGGAAAACCCGUUAACUCCCAUGUAGGAUCUACUUCCAGAUGUCAUGUUUCAAAGAAUAAAUCAGUGCAGUUUGAAGAAAAGAAACACAGUAAAGCAUAUUCAUCACUGCCCAAACUUUAUCCUGAACAAAAUAAUAGUUACACACAUGUAUCAACAUCCCCACCAUCACUACCACCACCACAGCCAGCAGCAGAACUGCCGUCCUCAUCACCAUCUUCAUUAUCUGCAGAGGCGAUGGCAGCUGCAGCCGCGGCCGCGGCUGCUGUCUCGACAAUAACCCACCUUACUAGUGUACCAAUUCAAACAGAAAUGAAUCAGUUCACAGAUACUAGUUUAACUGUUGUCGAUGAGAAUUCUACUUCGAACAAAUAUAUACCAUUGAAAUCCAACCCAGUAGUACAUUUGAAUUUACUAAAUAAAGAUGCAGAAAAUAAAUCUAACCUAUUAGAAACAACUUUGCAUCAAAUACCAAGGGAAGAAGAUUCAAUCAAGUAUGCAAUUGAACAACAACAGCAGCAGCAACGGGAAGAACAAUCACCUUCAAUUCACUUGGGUGUGACUACUGCGUCAGGAAUUCCAGUAUAUACCAUAAUGAAUAACUGUGAGAAUAACACAAGUCAUGUAUUAAAUGAUAAUGAUAUUAACAACAGUGGAAACGAAAAUUACGCAACAGUUAAGAGAUGUCAUUUCGAUUCAUUGGCUGAAUGCUAUCACUGCUCACAACCAGUCCUAGAAAGAAUCAAUGAAGACAAUAGUGAUGAAGACUUCAAUAACACUAAUGACUGUAAUAAUACUAAUAAUAACAACAAUAUUAAUGAUAAUAGUGAUGUAGAACAUACACCGAUGUUUACAACUCACUUAGCUCAAGAAACCUUUGAGAAUACACAACGCACAGAGUAUAUAGCCAAUCACUGUCCACCAACGCUAGAAGCUGGUGUAUACUAUCCAGACAACCAGAUGUAUACCACAUAUUCAUAUAAUCUGAAUCCAGUUAAUGUAAAAUACAAUCAAAUUAAAAAUAUUCCAACCGUUUAUGCUUAUAAUGAUUCUAAACAAUUGAUACCACCCGAAAAUGCCAGUGAAUAUAUGCCACAAUUAAUAUCCAGCAUGUUUACAAAUACUCAGUCUUAA